GCGACGUCAUCCAGUGACUGCCCGCGGUAGCUCCAUGGGAACGCCCACGUCAUCAAGAUUCCGACUGUAACGAAGUGCGGGAAAGAGUGCCCAGCACGAAUGAGUCCAGCACCGUGCAGCCGCUGCUCCCUUUUGCCCUGGCCUGCAUGGCACUCUAUCUCUGGACACUAUCUGUGGUGUAGCAGGAAUCUCUUGACCAUGUUCCUCACUAUAACAAGCCCCUGCAACAGCACUAAAAGGAGAAAGGCAUGAUGGGUCAGCUUCCAGAGGAAGUUUUGGAUGGCUUUGGGGUCGAAGAGCUGGAGUGUAAGAUCUGCUACUGCACCUACAACCUGUCUGGACGACGACCUAAAGUGCUUGAAUGCUGCCACCGUUUGUGCGCCAAGUGCCUGGCCAAAAUCCUUGACCUAGGAGAGUCGCCUCCCAACGCAGUUGUCUGUCCUUUCUGCCGCUAUGUUACUGCACUCCCUGGAGAGGCCGCGUCCAGCCUGCCGGACGAUUACAACCUGGUGGCUGCAUUAUCCAUCCGGACCCGCCACCAUCCCAACCUUCGCGAGAACCACCAGGGUGAGAUCUUGCUAAGCCCGAGGUGCUUGAGCUCUCUGGUGGCUCACUCUGCAUCUGCCUCACCUUCAUCUAUACGCUCCAACUAUGUGGUCAUCACCAUCAUGCAGCCCCCACAGCAGCCUGUGGUGGUCACUGGCCAAGCUGGAAGGAAUCUCCGCUCGUCCAGUCUGGACUCCAUGGCCUCAGUCACUCGGCGGUGGACUGUGUGGAACUGCGCAGCCCUGCUUUGUCAGACUUCAGCCCGGGCCCUGCUGUGGCUCCUCGGGCUUUUGUACUUCAGCUCCCUGCCACUUGGUGUUUACCUGCUCAUCAUGCAGAAGACCACGGCGGGUGUGCUGCUGGUCAGCCUGGUGCCUGUCAGUCUGCUUGUGAUCAUGGCAUAUGGGCUCUGCCAGUGCAUGUGCCAUGAGUUCUGGAACUGUGUGCCGCCUUAACAACCAAAGGGAGGAGGGCCGUUUGCCCAAAUGUUACAUGAUCUGGUGACUUGACCACAGUCUGGAUGUGUCAGUGGUCCGACAGGUUUGUGGAAAGUUAUGGACACCUUCACGGUUCUUUCUGGGUUUUAAGGAAGCGUGUACAUAAAUGAUUGAGAAGAAAAGCAAUAGAUUUCAUAAAAAUACAAAGAUCUGAGAAAUUCCAUACUGUGAUUAUGUUGCUUGCAAUUGCCAGAUACCCUGAUCGCUACACACCAGUGAACCCUUGAUUUAGCAUAAUUAACAAUCUGCUUGCAUUAUUUUGACCAAAAUUAAUGACUUCAUUCAUGUAAAUGCCCACAAAAACCCACAGCACAGUAAAAUAUUGGUCACUUUUUUAGUGUCUGCAAAGGCCUCUAACACAAUAAGAAUUAACAAAUGAUAUAUGGUGCAGUCCAAAUUAUUACACAGCCUACUUUCAACAGAACCACUUCAUUUGUUCUCUUGCUUAUAUGUAACCCUGACAAAACAAUUCACCAAAUAUAAAUGCAAGACAGUCUGUGUGUUUUCAUUGUGCUGUGUUCCCUUUAGUGCCAUGAAAGAUAAAUAAUUUGGCAAUGUAAAUCAUUUAGACAGUGAGUUUACCUUAUGUGCACUAGAACAAUUAGUCUGAGUCACUCAGCUGUAUCACCGAGGAAGGGACAUUACAUACUGGUCAAGAACAUUCUGGUAAUAAAGUAUUUAUCCUUAACUUACCAAUCUUAGAACUCAUAAACAUAUUAUGCCCUUUUUUGGUAGAAAUAAUGGAAUGAACUAAUAAAUUAAGCAUUAAUUGUACAAAAAAAUGGAUUUAUGAGUUCAUUUCACUUUAUUGAACCUUAAUAUUACAACAUUGAGUUGUUAGAGGAAAACAAAAAUCAAUGUCAUAAAAAGGACACUCCGCCUCUAUUUGGGUCUUUCAGUCUUCUGUUCUUCUAAUAAGAAUUCUACUAUUGGUUUUAGUUGAAGGGAUACAUUUUUAUAGUUUUAUAGAUUGUCUCCUAGUUUCUGGUAACUUCCUGGUUGUUGUUAAGUGUUGAUUAUAAAAUCACGAUUAUCAUGCAAAUAAUACCACUUGUUCUCAAAACAUGUGAAAGAGCAAUGGGAUAAAAUGAAAAAAGUUUGUGUGUGUGUGCAAAAAGAAAAAAAAGGUCAAUGGUUGCACUUAAUAGAAAUUCCUGGUUUCCUGUUUGGUUGCCCCACCAAAGUUAAAUGCAGGCAUUGUUAGCUUUUUCCAUAAAUAGAAAAUGUUCACUUGUUUGUGUUUUCCAAAUAAAAUAUCUAAAAGAUA